AUGAGUCAACACAGCAUUUUGGACCGGCUCUCAGCCCUCGACACCAACACAGUCUCCGAUGCUUUGGACUUUCUCGGCCUCAAAGGAGCCACAUAUGGCCUACAACCCCUCUGGGACUGUGCCAAGAUUGUCGGACGCGCCAGUACGGUGAAACUAGGCCCCAAGACGGAUACUGCUCCAACGACCCAUCUACUCACUCCGGUCAUCGAUGCCGUCACGACAGACGAUCGCAUUCUCGUCAUCUCCGGUGGUAUUGAGGGUAUCUCAUGCUGGGGCGAUAUCAUUGCCAACGCCUCGAAAGUCAAGCAGAUUCGCGGAACCGUCAUCGAUGGCAUGAGUCGUGAUAUCGACGGUAGCCGCGAUGUAGGAUAUCCUGUGUACGGUCGGGGUGUGACUAUGAUUAGUGCACGUAACCGUACAGUGCAGCUUGACUCGGGUGUACCGAUUCCGAUGCAAGGCGUCACGGUCAACCAGGAUGACUACGUGAUUGCCGACCGAUGCGGAACCGUGUUUGUCCCUGCGCAGCGCAUCGAGGAGGUCGUGGACUUGGGCGAGCGCAUCGAUCGCCGUCAAGCCCUUAUGGUCCGCGACGUGAGAGCCGGAAGGCCCGUGUCGGAGGUCAUGCAUGACACGCAAUUUGCAGCCAUUCAUCAGAGCAAACCCUCCCCUGACUCGUUGACAUCCUCCAAUCGCAAUCCCAAGAAAGCUAGUGCCGAGGAUCAAGAGCUGGUGGCCCUGUUCGCUGAUUCCGACACCCCCGGCGUGUCUGACGCGCUGGAUAAACUCGGGAUCCCUGGACAGGCGUUCAACAUCAUGCCCUUGACGGAUUACAAAAAGGUCACUGUUGGUCCGGCCUACACUGUGCGUUACGAGCCUGCCAGCAAUCCGCCGGGAAGCGUUGGGGACUUCAUCGAUGACGUUCACGUCGGCGAUAUCGUAGUCAUUGAUAACAGCGGGCGCACUGACUGCACUGUUUGGGGCGAUAUUAUGACCCAGUACGCUGGCCUGCGAGGCAUUGCUGGAUCUGUUAUCGACGGUGUGUGUCGUGAUGUGAAUCGGGCUCUCAGUGAUGACUAUCCGCUCUUCACAGCUGGACGGUGGAUGCGAACUGGCAAGGAUCGGGUUCAAGUGGCGGGAGUCAGCGAGACGGUCAGCGUGGGCAAGGUCCGUGUCGAAUCUCGCGACAUUGUCAUUGCGGAUGCAAAUGGUGUCGUUUUUGUUCCGCGACAUCGAGCUCGUGAGGUGGCUGAAUUCGCUCAAAGAAUCGAAAGGACCGAGGCAGGCAUUCGAGAAAUGAUCGCUAGCGGAGCCACAAUCGCCGAGGCGAGGCAGAAACUUGGGUAUCACACAUUGCAGCGGAAGGAGUAG